AUGCCAGAUGUCGACAUUUUCCUCGGCGGCGACCUUGCUCCGGGUGAGUUCCGUCGUUUUUCGGUAGCUCCAGAUGGUGGUGUCUCUGUUACCAACCGAGGCGUCCUUGGCGAGGAACGGUCUUUAUCCAUUACCGAGGCUAGAGACAGAGCAUCCCGCUCGUCCAAGGCGAUCUUGGAGGCGAUUACGCUCUUGACCAAUGUGCUUGAUCGCCACGAGGCUACUAUCCGCAAGCGUUGGGCAAAGAAGAGCACCCGGCAGCGCCAGGAUCUCCUCCGUAGGGUAUGGCCAGACAUCGCUGCUGCCCACGCACCCGACCUUGCAGCCUACAAGCGUAGAUCCAAAGCCCGGGGUGCAUUUGGCAGAGACAACGGCCUGGACAAGAAUUAUGCGCUUCCAGUGAGGCAUCCUCCGUCUCGGUUUGCGGUCCUGGAUGAGCAAAGUCUCAGCUUCGGCAUCUGGGCCGAGGCAUUGAGCCCUCCACCCUUUUACCUACCAGGCGCGGCGUAUCGUAUGGACUUGUGGACGGAGGAUCCGGAGAAGUAUGGGAAGAUUGAAAAGUAUGAAACAAGCGCCACGGAAGCGGCUGCUGGCAGGAUCCCAAACGUGCCCACGGGCCUACUCGUUCUCGAUGUUCAAGCAACGUUGCUUCAAGCUAUACGAGAUAUCGUGGCUCUCAUUCUGCAGGACAAGCCGCUGGAGGUGUACGCUGAGACGGGCCCUGUCGUCCCAGAACUCCCUCCUCUGCCCCUCCACCCUGGAGAGGAUUCCCCCUCGGUAACAGAUCUGGCCCUUGCGCGUCCCUACCUCGUCCCCGAGAAGGUGGACAUCGCUCGGCUGUCCUCGCUCGCCCGCACCCGCAUGGCAGAAUGGAUAGACUACGGCUGGGCUAUGCGUGAGGAGCCAGGUUUUUUUGCGGAAGUUGUCGGAGAUUGGCAUGAGCACUCGAGCGCAAACGUAAAAUUUCCUAACGGGAGACCGAAUCCUGCUACCCAAACCAUACAAGGACAACUGGCGGAGUGGUCCAGCAGCGCCGGCAGUGCCAUUAAUGAGCCGAGCCUCACCAAGGAGAAUACCGAGAUUUUACAGGCAGCGGAGCGUCACCUUGAUGAGAUAUGGGACAAGUAUGAUGCGCAUCUCGAAAAGCACUUGUCCACAGAAACUAUCGAGAGACUUCAGACUGGGGUACCCAAAAAGGAGGAGCUGCGAAGAACCCCGGACUGGGUUGAACCUGAGCCCAAACCCGCCCAACAAACGAUCGAGGACCAAGAACCAGCGAAUGUCAAGUUCGACGGGUGGACCGACGAGCCUUUCAACAAGAGCAAGCUGGAAAUAAGGGUGAAGCCCAAGACAACUGGGCAGCCGGGCUCGGGUUACGACGAAGAGAGUCCACAGACACCUCUAGACUAUGCCCAAGAUCUCUAUGCUUACCUUCCCCGGUUCACAUUGAGAAACCGUGCAUAUCGCACCUUUGGCGUGGUAUUCCACGUGCCCUCAUUAGACGCACCACCAGGCGAAUUGGCUUGGGCAGAUUUCUUACAUGCUAUGCGUGCCGUGGGAUUUAAUUCUGAGAAACUGUAUGGUUCAGUAUGGAGAUUUACUCCCAAGGAUGGGAAGGUACUCGGAGAGAGUGCCAUCAACUUCCACGAGCCACACCCCAGCGGAAAGCUAUCAUUUUGGACAGCUAGACGGUAUGGGAGGCGACUGACUAGAAACUACGGAAUCACUGGGCAAAGCUUUUCCUUGGAAGAGAAGGAAUAG